CUGCUCAGAGACAAUUGGUCACCAAGAUGAAUGCUAAAAUGUAUAAAAUACAAUAGAAAUUAGAGUAGAAUUACAAUUAAGUAAAAUUACAAUAGAGUAGAAUAAAAUAAAAUGUCUAACAAUGUGGAGGUUAUAUUUGGGCUUCGUGUCCAAGCAGAACUCAACACACUUCCUGGUUCCAGGAUACUGACUGUUAUGUGUUCGCGGUCAAAUCUGUGUAAAAGUGUUUAUACACGUUUACUUUAUAAACAUUCAUUUAUACGUAAUGAUAUUAGUGAGCAGUAAAAACACACAACAGUGAGAUGUUAGUGUAGACACACGUGAGUGUACGAGUAAACCACAUUGUCCAUUUUGUCAUAUCUAUAACAUACAUCUCUAUACAACAACACAACACACAUAUUAAAAAGGCAGUGUAGAUGUAGGCAGGUCAGAAUACCACAUGAUUGUGUUACAUCCCUUUUCUUUUAAAUACAACCAAUCACAAGUAAUAUUCUGAGCAUGCUCAGUACAGACUUCCUGUAGUAUGAAUAGAAUAUUAAACCAUGCUUCAAAUGCAUUCACAUUCACAAACAUAGUAGAAUUGAUAAGAAAUGAACAAUGAGCAGUUUCUGGAUUUUACUUUUCAUCUUCAGCACCAUGUACACACUAGACACAGUCCAUCCUGGUAGACACUGGGUUACUGCACAAUCUCUAACAAAGCCACAAGUUCAUCAGCCUGAUAAAGAGCUCAGUGUGAAUAUCGGAGACUCUGCGACUCUACGGUGUUGUAUUUCUGAAAAUGUAAUUGGAAUGAUUACAUGGUUUAAGCAACCAAAGAGAGAAAAACCUCAGAUUGUAGUCACAGUGUAUGAAAGUUCUGAAAAAACUUUUCACACUGGAUUCCAAGAGUCUCAUUUUCGAAUAAAAAGAUCUUCAAAAUUCUGCAAUAUCACAAUUUUAAACGUCACUCAGUCUGAUGAAGCCAUGUACUACUGUGCACUCAAUUUCCCUACCACUGUGUUUGGAGAUGGAACCUAUUUACAAAUUAAAGGUGAUCAUGUUACUAUUGCAUCAGAAACAUCUAAAGCAACACUGUAUGGAAACAACAGUAACACCAACACACAACACAACACAGUGAUCGGUUUGGGAUCGGCUUUGGGUUUGUGCGCACUUCUGAUCUUCUGUCUCACUUAUUACAUACUGAGGAGAAGAAAAGCUGAUAAAAUAAACGCUUCUAUUGAAGAUUCUCCAGGAACAAUGCAGGAAACUGAAGCUGAAACACUGAAUUACGCAGCUUUGAAAUUCUCCAAGAAGAAAGUCAAAGCUGCAGAAAGAAAAACUGGAUCAUCAGAUGAGUGUGUGUACUCGAGUGUGAAUACAACUGUAAGAUAUAAGAUAGAAGAUAUAACGUAGAUGAUUCAUAACACAGUGAAACUCACGAGAAAAACAGUGAUCAUGUUUUAGCAAAUUAAAUAUCUUGACUACAUGGAAAUUUAUUUGUUUUUCAUUUUAAAAGUCUAAUUACAACAAGAUUAUUAAAUAUUUUAAAUAUUUAAAACUCAGUAUGAGUCAGUAAAGUCUAUAUAUAGCAGCAAAAUUGCUGUAUACAGUAAUAAAUUAAUUCAUUUGAUUAUUUUAAUUCUGUAUACAUUAAGCUUGUAAUUAUACAUAUUAAAUAAAUUUGCACAUAUUAAAUAUUAGUCUUUUUUUCUGUUUCCUGUUAAUAACCUAAAAGACAGAGAACUUUGUAAAACUCUUUUAUAUGACGACAGUGUUGUGCUUUGUGUUGAUUUUAUUGUAUGAUCUGUAUGACUCUGGACUUUGAAUAAAAAAAUAUAAAUGUACAAGCAAUUAAAUAAAAAAGUGUUGAUAUAAAAUGUAUGUAACAAAACAGGAAGUGUGUCGGAUUCAACGCUAUGUAAAGCUAUGUGAUCUUUAUAGUAACAGGGGGCGGGGCUUGUUUUAUUAACCCAUCUGAGCCCUGAAGGUCUAUGACUUUUUCAUGACUAAUAAAGAAGCUGUUAGUGA